AUGAACUGUUUUACAGGAAAAGCAUCGUUUUUGGUAACCGAGUGGCGACCUGAAACGAAAUUUCGCAUUGGCAAUUGCAUCGCCGUUGCUGCAGCCGCCGGCGCAGCUGCAUUCUGUAGCGGCCGGUCGGUCUGGCGUCUAUUCGCAUAUGGUCGCUUCGUCGUCCACAACACCUUCGCCGGUCUUGUGUCCGCGACCGCAAAAUGCUAUCAUUAUCCAAUGGCACCGCUUGGGCCAAACGCUGGUCCCCCUCCUUCAGGUGGCGCAGGUAUGGUAUAUCGUGGACAGCUUAUAAAUCAUGCUGCGCAAAUGGGUAUUCCUCCACACAUGUUGGCAGACGGGUAAGU